UCACAAACAGUAGUGUGGUCGUGGCCUCCGCAAAGAAUUGCCAAUUGCAGCCAAGUAAUGACGGAGCUUCUUGUUUUCAGUGUUUGCAAAGCAACGGGGAAAGACGGGACACGCUCUUUGUGCUUGUUCAUACGAGGCUGCCAAAUCUUAUGCAGACACAUGGCGUGAACCAUAUGUCGCCUUAACACGGGGUGUUAAGAAGCAUUCAGCGUGCUCAACUCUAAGGCAAGUACUCACAUGGUCGCCCCGAAACGAGACCCGUCAUGCAUACAGACAUGUACACGCAAGCUGCAAGCCUCACUCAUCACUGGCACACCUCAGAACCGGAGUGUGCUCCCUACUCUCCGCAACAACUGCCCCAGAUCCAGUGCAAAGGCCCAGGAAGAUCCAGGUCCGAACAUGGUGCCACUGCAGUGCCUUACGGUAGUGCCAUGUACGUGCAAUGCCGAAUCAAUCUCGCCAAUACAUUUUGCACAUGCAUCGUAGCCGCGUCUUGCUCAUUCAAGAAGCCGCAUCCCAACAUACUACUUCUCCACAUUUUAGGGUUGAUUUUUUAGGUCUCGGCUUGUUUGAUGGGGGGCCUUUUUUUCAUCUCGUUAGAUGAAAAGUGAAAAAAGGGGGAAAGUUUGGGUUGUGGGUGCCGUGACAAAAUCGCGUCCUUUGCGCGGAGAA